CCUGUCGGGUGCGCGCACUGCCAGAGACGCGGACGCGCAGCUGCUUUGCUCCGACAGUCGGUUCUCCGAGCUCCACUCACCGGAUCCAGCUGUCAGUCAGCGACUCUAAGCUCGGCCGCUGUCAGACUGGAUGUGGCACACGGCGGAGGAGGGCCCCGGUGCCGAUAAAUACGCGACCAGGACGCCGCUGGAUGGAGGCGGACCUCCGGCGAUCAACAGAUCCGCAACUCCGCUGUCCAGCAGCAGGAAGAUGAGGGAGCAGAGCGGCGCCGGAGCCAGCUGGCACAUGUGAGCCGCUCAGAGUCCCCGAUUCGAGCCCGUCACAGAGAAAUGACCGAAGCAGCUCCGAGGAUCCGGGUCUAAUCAGCCCAUGCAAGUGUUCUUGGCACCGGCGCCGGUUCGGUUUGUGCCAAAAUGACCAGACUAUUGUCUCGCUGCAUCUCCACUGUAACGGAAUGGGCCCGCAGGAAUUUUGGCACCGGUUUUACGCAGCAGACCACAUAGUUUAAUCGACGUAGCUCGACCGAGGACAGAGCAGCGCGGCUGGCAUGGACAAAGAGGCUCCGUGGUGAUGCUCUGAGAGCCGAACCGAAGCGCAGCAGCUUCACGUCCUGCUGGUUCCUCCCGACACGCGUUUUCAAGUUUGGACCUCACCAAGUCCAAAACGAGCUUCCCUUCCCGAGAACCAGGAUCAUCUUACAUCUUAAAGCAUCUUCACAGACUCGCAUAGCGAGUCUGUGAGCAGGUGAGAGAGGGACACUGUCUGCCCCACUGUCCAGCGACACCAUGAGCUGGAGCUUCCUCACGCGGCUGCUGGAGGAGAUCCACAACCACUCCACCUUCGUGGGGAAGCUGUGGCUCACUGUGCUCAUCGUCUUCCGCAUCGUUCUCACCGCCGUCGGGGGAGAGUCCAUCUACUACGACGAACAGAGCAAGUUUGUCUGCAACUCGGGCCAACCGGGCUGCGAGAAUGUCUGCUACGACGCCUUCGCCCCACUAUCCCACGUUCGCUUCUGGGUCUUCCAGAUCAUCCUGGUGGCAAUGCCUUCCCUCAUGUACAUGGGCUACGCCGUCAACAAGAUUGCACGAUUAGAUGAAGCCAAAGGAGGAGCUGGAGCUGCUGCAGUUAGAACCGGAGGAGGAGGUGGAUACACACACAGAAAGCCCAGAAAAAUCUGCUUUGGAGCAAGGCAGCAUCGAGGCAUCGAGGAGACCGAGGAAGACCAGGAGGAUGAUCCGAUGAUCUAUGAGGUGCCGGAGAUCGAGCCUCCAAAAAGGCCAAGGGAUCCUCUGCAGCCGACACCCAGACCUAAGAUCCGUCACGAUGGGCGUAAGCGAAUCCAGGAUGAAGGGCUGAUGCGGGUCUACGUCUUGCAACUGGUGACCCGAACAAUACUAGAAGCAGGGUUCCUCGCAGGCCAGUAUUUACUGUAUGGUUUCCGUGUGAUGCCGGUGUUCGUCUGCUCGGGGAAACCUUGUCCCCACAGCGUCGACUGCUUCGUGUCGAGGCCGACAGAGAAAACCAUCUUCCUGCGCAUCAUGUACGGCGUCACCGUUCUUUGCCUCACGCUGAACGUCUGGGAGAUGCUCCAUUUGGGCAUUGGAUCCAUCUGUGACAUUCUCCGCCGCCGCCGCUGCCCACCUCAGGAGGAUGAGUACCAGUUGGGUUUGCUGGGCAACAAUGGUGCCGGGGAGGGCUCCGUGGGGGGGACCGGACCUGAAGCCGGCUCCGAAGGAGGGGUAGGUGGGGAUGGCGCCGCAGAUUACGUCGGUUACCCCUUCUCCUGGAACACCCCGUCAGCUCCGCCCGGCUACAACAUCGUGGUGAAACCGGAGCAGAUGCCCUACACCGACCUCAGCAAUGCCAAGAUGGCAUGCAAGCAGAACCGGGCAAACAUCGCACAGGAGGAGCAGCAGCAGUUUGGCAGCAAUGAGGACAAUUUCCCCACUGGAGGGGAGGCCCGAGUGGCACUGAACAAAGACAUGAUCCAGCAGGCCCACGAGCAGCUGGAGGCAGCCAUCCAGGCCUACAGCCAGCAGCACCGGGCCGAGGAGCAGCUCGGAGACAACCAGGACGACAAGCCCCAAAGCAAUAUCAUCCAGGCCCAACCGCAGCCCCAACCGCAGCCUCAGAAGGAGCGCAAGCAUCGGUUCAAACACGGUAAAGGAGGCAGCAGUGGAGGAGGCAGCAGCAGCAACAGCAGCAGCAGCAAAUCCGGAGAGGGGAAGCCGUCGGUUUGGAUUUAACCGCAGAAACAGUGAAAUGAACCCAUGUGCAUAUAUAUCAGACUGGAUGAUGAGCUGUUGCAAUCUUUUCUUGGAUAUUUAAACACCCCUGUGCCUUAAAGAAUCCUGCAAGCUGGAGAAAGAUGUGUGUUUGUGUCAAAAAAAACAAAACAAAAAACAUGAAAUUGUGAUAUUGCAGCUGACAAGUAGUUUUGUCUGGGCUAUCACCGUGUAACUUGAAACAUCGUACCAACACAAACUGCGUCUGUCGUUUACAUGUCUCCUCGAGUCACAUUAUUGACCUCCGUCGUCUUCCUGUUCGUCCUGUCUUAGGGGGAUUUCAGCUUCGGAAAAUCAUAAUGAGUUCUCUCGCAAAUUAGAUAGAUCCCAGAUACGGCUUAGCUCGCUUCUCAAAAUCGCCACAACGCCGGGUGCCGGUGUUGCAGCAAGCUAAAGCGACGACUUCACGCUGUUAGGACACAAUAAAAGGAAUUAAAUGCAAUAAAACGAAUCACAAACGCAGCAAAGGGCAUCACCUUCCUGAAGGCUGCAUCCUGUCAGUCAUGACGGUCCUCUUAUUCUGCUGUGACUUUACACUGUCUUUGUAUGUUUUCUUUUCUUUUUUUUUUAGCUCCAGCUGCUGCUCAGGAACCACAUGAGUACAGCAGGUUUAUAACAACAACAACAACAAGAAAAAAAGACAAAAAAGGUGCAUCCAGUUUUUAUACCUUGUUACUCAACUUCUCAGUUUUCUCUCUGUGGCUUUGAACAAGGCGACUUCACUGUCUGCCUUGUAGUAGACUGCCCCCUGGUGGUAACUUCUGCAGGGGCUUCACUUUACAAUAGGGGGAGUAGAUAGAUUCCAGUUGCCAAAUGCUACCUGCAUCCAGCAACACCUUAACCAGCUGUUAGUGUGCCACAUACGUCUUCCCAGUUCAGUGUUUAGAUGCACAAGGCUGCAAUAUCACAGCGUCGUAAUGGGAAAAGGUUCAAAGCCAUUACUCUAGCAUAGUGAGACCAAACACUGUUUGUGUGAUGCAAGCGUCAGUGCCAAGACUUUCUGCUGGGCUGCUAUGAAGCCUGGUUGUUUGUAGCUUUGGAAUACUGUGGCCAUGCUACUCCAAUUGUGCAAAUAUGCCUACGUGAGACCAACCCUUUUGUAAAAGUCACCUGUUUUUUUUGUUUUGUUUUUGUAUUACGGUGUGUGUAUUGCUUUUUUGGAACAGGAUUUAAAAUCUCCAGUCGAUUUUCAUGUUCGAGUCAGUGUUUUUUUUACAUGAAAACACUCUGUUUUUAAAGUUGUUUUGUAAAAUAAAGGUACAAAAAAGAAGCAAUCUUUUAAAGAUGAAUUAGCUGUAUGAAUAUUCAUGGUUAUUGUGAUUUGAAUUGCCUUCCGAUUGUAAAAAAUGUGAAAUAUGACAUAGUAUAUUUUUAUAAUAUGUCAGCUACGGUGAGUUAAUGACGUGAAGAAGAAAAAAAGUCAGUCUUUUCCUCGUACGUUGCAGUGUUAGUAUUUAAUGUAUGUAUGUAGCAACCCUCUGGGCUGUAUUUUACUAAACAGUGUUACUCCUUUUUCCAACGUUGUGCUGAGAUCUGCUGAACAGCUGCGUGUGGAGACGAUGGAAAGUGCUGGCGAGACGACGCAAAGUGCCAAAUUGUUCAAACCAUUCCAAGCUGUGCAGGGCUGGAGCUUUCCAAAUAAGCUGCGACUGCUUUGCCACUUCAUGAUGGCAUGUUUGGAAAGCGGAACAAAUCCGAAAAACCGACACAUUCUGUUCCUGAUUUAACAAAUCUGUGCUGAAAGAUUUGAGUCUUUCUCUGCAAACAGAUGAACAAAACAUGUUGAAGUUGUGAGGCUGUACAAUAUGACACGACGUCCUUUACGUUCCUUUACAUGUGCACUGUAAAAAUAAAAUCUGUAAAAAUAGGGUAUCAUUCCUGCAACUGGGGCACCAAAUGUUACAGUAAAAUAAUAUUACAGUAAUUUUCAAUUAAUAAAAAUACACUUCCAAUCCUUAAUUAAUAUUUUUUAAGUUUAAAAGGGGUAUUAAUAUGUGUAAAAUCAAUUAAAAUAAUCUAUAAUAUAUAAUGAUAAUGCAUAUAUGAAGAGAUAGACAAAGAAAUCUGUAUAAAAUUACUGAAAAAUACUUUUUCCCUGUAAAUUGUCACUAAUUGUGUCUAAUUUUAGAAAUACAUUCAUAGUAUAAAACUUAAAUUUAACAGCUUUGUCUAUGAAAUAAAAAUAGGUAAAAAAAAUAACAUGAAUUCAUGAUAACUUUUAGACAAAAAGUUCAAGUAAAUAUCAGCAAAUACAUUUAAAAGAGUAAUAUCUUAUGUGAGGGGAAAAUAAUAUAAAGUAAAUAAAAUAAUGUAUUAUAAAUAAAUUAUAGAUGAAAUUGUGUCUGACUUUAGAAAUAUAUUCACGGCAUUAAACUCAGAUUUAAUGGUUCCAUUCAUUAAAUAAAAAGAAAAAUAUUGUAACGAUAUGAUAAAGUUGUGAUUGUAUUUUAACAGGCUUUUUACUCUAAAAAGAAUAGUUGCUUUGGAAAAAUCUGUCAUUUUUGUCAAUUUUAUUUAUUUGUCAUAUUUUAUAUAACAUUUACCAUAAUAUAUUUUAAAAUUUCUUUUCAAAAAAUACAGCAUAAAUUUUGAGUUGAACUGUUUCAUUUAUUAAAUUGAUAUUUUUGGGUUAAAAAUCAGUUCUCAUUAGAUUUUUUAAUAUUAUUUUAUGUCAGAUAUGAUGUAAAAAUGACCUUUUUCCAUAUUUUUGACAACAUGAUUAUAUAUUUAUAAAUUAAUCUGCUAAUUGACAAAAACAACCAACAAUUUUAGAGUACAUUCACAGUAUUAAACUCUAAUUUAACAGUUUUAUCUGUUAAAUAAAACUGAAAUAGUCAUGAAAUCACAAUACAUUUGCAACCUUUUUCUGUUUCUUUUUAAAAAUUAGAGUUUUAUUUAAUGCUUGCAUUAGACUUGCACAUUCACAGUCCGUGUUUUCCUCAUUGUAUUGUCUAAUUUAAAUAUACAGGUUUUUUUUACAGUGUAUAUGUAAUGUUCAUGAACAGGAAGACUCCCUGUGGUCGGUUUGUUCAUCGCUGGGCUCCACAUGUCUGUUGAACAACCUCAGCCAGCUUCACACAGACAUAAAUCACCACAAGUAGUUCAGUGUGAGCAGCGACAUACAGCGACUCUGAUCCCAAAGAGCUGCAGGUGGUUUACUGAGAGUUUCCCAAUCACUGCCAGUCAACCCUCAUUAAAUUCUUUCCAGUAAGCAAAGUUACCCAACUAAACUAUUUCAAGAGAAGCCAACAGACGUCGGUCUGAAUGGAUCGCAGGCAGCCGGUGAUGCACAGAUGCUCCAGCUGGAGCCACAAGAGGGCGACUUUCUGUUAAAGAAGGGAAUUAAGAAGUGCAUUUUGGGGUCAUUGCCAUGAGGGGACUGAAAGACCCCAUCUGCUCCUGUCUGCAUGACUGGCAGCUUGGCCUUACAUCUUCAAAACUAAUCUAGGCUGCUGUUUUUAGGAGAAAGUUUUAGGAAUUUGGGCAGCUAUCCAGGUCAGAAGAAUUAGCCCGUGGCAUAGUUUUGUGUCUGUCUCUGCCCUGCUUUCAGUUCUCUAUUGAGUGACUGACAAAGGAAGGGAACAAGCAAAAUAGCUUUUACCACUACUUUUCUUAGGCCCCUCUGUGUUUUGUCGCUGUCUUAUGAGAAUCACGUGUCACCAGAAAAAUGUUUGGGCUUUUUAAAGAACCACCUGAAGGAUGUGGGUCAAACCAAGGCGCUCUGUAGUCAAAUACAAGUCUGUCAACACACGUUUUGAGCUUUUGCAUUUGCAAGAAACAAAUGAGGGUGGAGUACUGGAGGUUUUAGCUGCAAGUCUGUGCUGGUUCCUAAUAGAACUGAUCAUUAUUUGUGCAUGCUGCUGCAAAUUCCACACAAAAGCUUCAAUUCUUUUUCAUUUUUUAACUUUUUGUCAACACUUUUGCUCAUUAUUCGCACCUCCAUUUGCAUAUUAAGUAGAAAAUUUCUCAACCUGAAGCAAAUGUUCAAGUUUUAGCUGCUUGUCUCUCCUAGUUUUGAACAGGAAUCAUUCAUUUUUAUGCAUGCUGCUGCAAAUUCCAUGAAUACACUUCCAUCCUUCACAUUUUUUAACAGCUUCGCCACUUUUGCACAUUGUUUGCACCAACGUUUGCAUAUUAGGUAGAAAAUUUCUCAACCCAUAGCAAACAUUCAAGUGCUAGCUACAUGUCUGUGCUGGUUUCUAACAGGAAUCUCUAUUAUUUGUGCAAGCGGCAGUCCUGCAGGUCUUAGCUGCAUGCCUGUCCUGGUUUUGAAAAGGAAUCUUUCAUUUUUAUGCAAACUUCUGCAAAUUCCAUGAAAACGCUUCAAUUCAUUUGGAUUUUUUAAACUAUUUUCGGCCCUUUUGCUUAAUGUUAGCAUCAACAUUUGGGUUAAAGGAAGGAAAUUUCUCAACCUGUAAGUUUGUUGUAGGUUUUAGCUUCAUGUCUGUGAUGGUUCUGAACAGGAAUAUUUGCAUAAGUUCCACAUAUGUCCUUUUUCCAUUUUCUGCACUUUUGCUAAACGUUUGCACCAAGGUUUGCAUAUUAGGUAGAAAAUGUCAGAACCAGGUUUUAGCUGAAUGUGUGUGCUGGUUCCUAACACAAUUUUUCAUUAUUUGUGCACGCUGAUGCAAAUUCCACAAAAUAUGCUUCCAUCCUUUUCGAUUUUUUAACCAUUUUUCGACCUUUUUGCACCAGCGAUUGCAUAUGAGGUGGAAAAUUCCUCAACCCAUAACAAACAUUUGUGUUUUAUCUGCAUGUCUGUGCUGGUGUCUGACAGGAAAUCUUCAUUAUUUGCAUAAGUUGCUGCAAAUUCCAUGAACGUGCUUCAAUUGUUUUGGCCUUUUGGAACAAUUUUCGGCACUUUUGCUCAACGUUUGCACCAGACUUGGAGACACGUUUCAUUCGACGGAGACAAAAUGCAUCUGAGCGCAUGUUCAGAUGGAGACCCACUUAGGAGCUGAAAGCCAUUUAAUUAUCCAUUGAACUUGGCAGCUUAAAGAAUUAUGAGUUAGGUGUGAGGCAAACAGCGGGAUUAGUGUUAUCGGCACUUAAGGGUGGAGUGAUGCUUAGAAAGACAAUUAUUCCUUUGUGAUUUAUCUCUGUACUGUACAUUAACACAGUGGGAGAAUGGAAACCGGUUGUCGUAGAUGAAAUCUUUUGUGGGUCUAUUCAUCAGGGAUUCCACAAUUUCCAUCCUCAGCAUCUGUCUGUCCACUUAGAAGGGUUAGUGAGGCUGUAUUGUUCCCCUACAUGUUUCUUAUAGUCGCCCAUGUGGGACGUGACAAUAGAACCAGUGGUAUUACCAGUACAAACUCUGAUUCAUACAUGCAUUUGUGUGUUUGUGUGUUUUUCUAUGCCUUUUUGUAAAAUGUACAUUUCUUUGAGUGCCAUUCUGGUAUCCCCUGGCAAAGAUUUUUUUCAUAUUCUUUGAUGAAUACAUUUGCAUGUGAAAAAGGGCCUAUUUUCCUACAAAAAAUAAAUCAAAAAUGCAUAUUGAA